GUCGUUGGGCUGACGACAAAUACGUUGUAUAUGCCGCGCACACACGACGUGCAUGCACAUCGUCGAACGGUCGUCGUCGUCGUCGUUUGAACAGGCGCGCAUCUUGAUAAUGCCGCACUGAUAUAAGAGGUUGCCGGGACGCGACUUUCGUAGUAAUCACGCGAAUCCGGCGAUUUCGCGUUUGUCACACUCGAGUUGCGAUCGUGCCUUCGGUCAGUGCGACUGGACCACACCAAAACCACACCGCAUUCUCCAACUAAGCAAGGAUUUAAAUUAAAUCCUUACGUAGAAAGUUUAUUUUAAUAAAACAACAAACCAGAAGCGCAGUAGACAUGGAAGAAAUCGCAUUCAAUCAUCAAGAAGGGCCGGAUCAAGUUCAGCCGGCUGACAACUACACAACAAUCCAUCCCGAUGGUUUGGUAAAACUACGCAUUCCGGAAACCGGAACUGCCAUUGAACGUCAUCCGGUGAUAUCAGUUCCUACUUUACUAAAGAGAUCAGCCGAAACUUAUCCGGAUAACACCGCGUUAGCUUACAAAGUCGACAAAACAUGGCACAAAAUAACCUACUCAAAAUAUUUAGAAAACGUGCGUACAACAGCAAAAGCCUUCAUCAAAUUGGGUUUGGAACGUCAUCAUAGCGUUAGUAUUCUGGGAUUCAACAGCCCCGAAUGGUUUAUGUCUGAUUUGGGCGCCAUCUUUGCUGGCGGUAUUGCCGCAGGAAUCUACACGACAAAUUCACCUGAUGCUUGUCUGCAUUGUCUGCAAGUAAGCCGCGCGAAUAUUUGUGUCGUCGAAGAUGAUAUCCAACUACAGAAAAUCCUCUCCAUCCGAGAUCAAUUACCUAAACUCAAGGCCAUUGUACAAUACACCGGCGAGCCGAAAGAUUCAUCUGUAUACAGCUGGAAAAAACUGAUGGAACUCGGCGCGCAAGAAUCCGACGACGCACUCGAGUCAGUUAUCAAAAAUCUGGCGCCGAAUGAAUGCUGCACGUUGGUGUUCACGUCUGGAACAGUGGGAAACCCGAAGGCAGUAAUGUUGAACCACGACAAUUUGAUCUGGGACGCGUUAUCAAUCCACGAACGCGCUCAACUUGAUUUGGGCACUGAGAGGAUUGUAAGUUUUUUACCUCUGAGUCACGUCGCAGCGCAGGUCGUCGAUAUUUAUCUGGUGAUCUCAAUCGGUGCCUCGGUGUACUUCGCUGAUAAGAACGCACUGAAAGGCACGCUGGUUGAAACUCUUCGUGAAGCGGAACCCACUCGCUUCUUAGGCGUCCCACGCGUUUGGGAGAAAAUCCGCGAGAAGAUGCUCGCGGUAGGCAAACAAAAUGGACCACUUAAAACAGCACUAGCUACCUGGGCCAAAGGACACGCUUUGCAAUACCACACAAAUCGUAUGAAAGGAAUUGACAGCGCUAGUUGGAGUUACAAUAUUGCUUCAGCGUUGAUUUUCAAAAAGGUCAAAGCCGCUUUGGGUUUCAGUCGUUGUAAAGGAUACUUUACAGCCGCUGCACCGCUUUCUGCUGAAGUAAAACAGUACUUUAUGAGUUUGGAUAUUCCUGUUCUUGAUGUUUUCGGUAUGUCAGAAGCGGCUGGUGCACAUACUGUGAGUGUACCACACGCAUGUGGUUUUAAAACCAUUGGGUGUUCAAUCCCCGGAGCUAAGACUAAGAUCCUCGACAGGGAUGAUCAAGGAAAUGGCGAGAUUUGUAUGUAUGGAAGGCAUAUUUUCAUGGGUUACCUUGGUGAGCAAGCCAAAACUGAUGAAGCUAUCGAUGCUGAAGGUUGGCUACACUCUGGCGACCUUGGCACGGUUGAUAACAAAGGUUUUGUUUAUAUCACCGGAAGACUUAAGGAGUUGAUUAUUACGGCUGGAGGUGAAAAUGUUGCACCGGUGCCGAUUGAGGAUAUCUUAAAGAAUCAAUUGCAACAAUUGAGUAAUGUUAUGUUGGUUGGGGACCAAAUGAAGUUCAUUUCGGUGUUGAUUACUUUGAAGACUGAGAUUGAUGCGGAAGGUGCUCCGAUAAGUACGCUUACAAAAGAGUGUCAGGAAUGGUUGCAUGAGUUGGGAUGUCCGGCAAGUACCACCCAUGAAGUGCUCGCUGCAGGCCCGCAUCCCAAUCUGGUGAAGGAGAUUCAACGUGGGAUUGAUGCUACUAAUAAGAUGGCGGUGUCCAAUGCGCAGCGUAUACAAAAAUUUAAGAUUUUGGAGAGUGAUUUCUCCAUUGCUACAGGAGAAUUGGGGCCCACAUUGAAAUUGAAGCGCGGUGUUGUUGCGAAGAAGUUUGCCAAAGAAAUCGAAACGUUAUAUGUGUAAUGUUUAAUGUUUAAUUUAAAUGUUUGAUACGUUUAUUCCAAGUUGAUGGUGUAUACUUGGAAAUUUGUACAUUGGUAUAUUGUUACUAGAUUUUGUUAUUGUCUUUGUUUCCACGAAUAUUCACAUAAAAUUAUUCAAUAUUAA